AUGGGCGACGAAUACCGUACACGCGGCAGCUCUCACCGAGAGGACAGGUACCGUUCCUCCCACAGCGACCGCGACAACUACCGCGAACAUCGUGGCGACCGUGGCGACCGCGACAGAUAUGGCGGCGACAGGGACCGAGGAGGCAGACGUGGAGGGGACAGAGACCGUGGUGACAGGUACGGAGGUCGCGGUGGAGGAGGCAGGGAUUUCGGUGACCACGGGGGUCGACCCCCUCCAAGAUUUGAGGACGACCGCAGACAUGACCGUCGCGGCCGCGAUGAUGACAUGGGUCCUCCUCGCGGCCACAGGGGGGACGAUGGGCCCCCUCGUGGUGGCGGUGGUGGUGGACGUGGGAGGAGAGGGAAGGAUAUGGGUACACCUGAACGAAGGUCACCUACACCGGAAGGUGCUGUUCCGUUGUCCCAAAGAAAACGCAAGGCAUCAGGUUGGGAUGUUCACGCUCCAGGUUAUGAGCAAUAUACCGCCAUGCAGGCGAAGCAAACAGGUCUGUUCAACCUCCCUGGCGCCAACCGCACGCAAAUUCCGCCCAUCCUCGGCAUCGCGGGUCUUCCUCCUCCAAUGCCCGUUCAAACCUUUGGUAUGGGUAUUGGUGCCAACCCCAACCUGUCCCGCCAGUCUCGGCGUCUCUACAUUGGCAGCAUCACUCCAGAUGUCAAUGAGCAAAACCUAGCGGACUUCUUCAAUUCCAAGAUGAUCGAAAUGAGCAUCGGUACCGGUGGCCCUGGGAACCCUGUUUUGGCGGUACAGUGCAACUACGAGAAGAACUAUGCAUUUGUUGAGUUCCGUAGCGCGGAAGAUGCAACUGCAGCCAUGGCCUUCGAUGGAAUCAUCUUUAUCAAUGGUCCUCUCAAAAUUCGUCGGCCCAAAGACUAUGGUGGAGCGGAGAUCUCGUCUCCUGGAGUGCACGUUCCAGGUGUCGUCUCUACUAAUGUCCCUGACUCGAUCAACAAAAUCUUCCUCGGUGGUCUUCCCACUUACCUCAACGAAGAGAACGUCAUGGAACUUCUGAAGAGCUUCGGCGAGCUUCGGGCCUUCAACCUUGUCAGAGAAAAUGGCACGGGUGCUUCCAAGGGCUUCGCUUUCUUCGAGUACGUUGAUGCUAGCGUCACUGACGUCGCUAUUCAGAGUUUGAACGGCAUGGAACUUGGCGACCGAUACCUUGUCGUCCAACGUGCUUCUGUCGGAGCCAAAGGCGGUGCUCCAGGUCUUAUACCGAACCCCGCCAUCCCGUACGAUCAGUUCCCGGAAGUACCUCGCCCAAUCAUGCCAGCCGGACAGGAUUCCUCUCAAGACGCCCGUAUCUUGUUAAUGUUGAACAUGGUCACCGCCGAAGACCUGGGCGACGACCAGGAAUACGGCGACAUCUAUGAAGACGUCAAGGAAGAGUGCUCUAAUUACGGAGAAGUCGAAGACCUCAGGAUUCCUAGGCCUGUGAAGAAGGAUAAAGGCAAAUGGGGCGAGAGCGGAAUCAGUGCUCAGGAUGCGGCGCGGUUGGAUGAAGCAGCUGGCGUGGGCCGCGUAUACGUCAAGUACAGGACCACUGAGGCUGCUUCCAACGCCCUGAAUUCAUUGGCCGGAAGGUCGUUCGCUGGCCGGUCUAUCAUCGCCACCCUCCUGAGUGAGGAUAGCCAGACGACCCCUCCGCUCAACUUGAUUUUUGCGCCUCAGCCUGAAGCACCUCCUCCGCUUCCAAGCUCGUAA